AAGCUGCCCCGGCUGGCUACCAGAGCCUUCAGCACAACAACCAAACAGAUGAAGAACAAGGUGCCAGAUCAUCAGAAGCUAUUCCAGGUGAGCAUGACAUCAUUAGGAUUCCUGGUUGAGAAACAAUCCCAACCUGUAUGAGAAACAAUCCCAAACUAAGAAAACAAGAGGUGUCUUAUCAGUGAAUUUAGAUUUUUAUUGGCAACCAAUGGGCCAACAAUGUCUACAAUAUGUGAUUUUGGCAGCAAACAAAAGUAAACUUUGUCACAUCAUUCAUCAAUGUGUACAGAACAUGUUUAAUCAAGUUCUUCAGAGCAACAUUGACCUGAUUGUGAUCUACUAUAUGUGUCAUGUUGCGAGAUUUAUGAAUUGCCUGAGGUCCACCGUUGUUGGUCGGCACCUCAGUCUUAUCACAGUGUUGAACAUUGAAAAAGAGCAUUACGGGUUUUAAAGGGACCUAACGGGAUAGUUGUUCCGUUCUUCAGAUUAAUGGUCUGGAAUGCAAUUCAGUCUGGUUUAUCAUCACAUAUCACAAAGUUAUUUUUGGCUUGCAAUGAAAGCCCAGUGAUUCAUGAUCAUGAAUAGGUAUUUGACCCCUAACUUUGGUUACAGGCGGACAAUGGAUUGCCAGUCCACAUCAAGGGAGGGACCACUGAUGUCCUUCUCUACCGUCUAACAAUGACCAUCACCCUCGCAGGUCCCUGUUACAUUCUUCCAUCAACGCACUCUGUACAUUUGGAGUAUUGUGCUGAUGGGUUUUCUAUGCUGCAUCAUAUACGUUCUAAUCAUUGUGUCUCUCUGUUCUUUUUAGGCACUGGAUACUCCUUAUUCUGGAUUCUAUGUGCCUGUCAGCCUAAGGGCAAAUGA